AUGGCUGGUAGGUUGCCCGGGGUUGGGUUGCUUGCAAGGAAGAGAGCAGAGAACCACCAUAGACAUGAAAAUCGACACCACUAUUACCUAAAGGAAUCACUUGAUCCACCUUGGAUUCCACUCACUGUCUUAGAUGAAACUGCUCUCAAGGCCAGGCAAAGGCUUCACAGGAAGCUUGGACACUUCUUUUCCUCAUACGGGUCAAGUGAGAAUCCAAGAAAAGACGGAGGAAAAGUAAGGGAAUGCAGGAAGCAGAAGAAGGAUGGAGGAUUGGGACGGAAGUUGUUAGAGGGUUCAUGGUUAUUGCGUGGGAACAAGAUUAAGGAAGAGAGAAAAGUGUGUGCUGUUUGUCUUGAAGAUUUGGGAGAAGAGGAACAAGUUAUUAACCUUUCAUGUUCCCACAAGUAUCAUUCACCAUGUCUUCUUCCCUGGCUUGCAACUCAUCCUCAUUGUCCUUAUUGUCGAACCCCAGUCCAUCGCUGA